AUGAUCAAAACGCAUUAUUAAUGUCAAAACAGUUUAAUUUUCUUGUUUAAUUUAAUUUGUUUUUGUUUUUUAUGUACAAUAAUGUAUUAAUCAAUGAUAAAUUGUCAAUUCAAAUAAAUGAAAUUUUUGUAAUGUAUACGUUAUAAAAACAGUUUAAUCAUGGGUCGUACACAACGGAAAAGAAAUCGAAAUAAAGUGCGAAAUUUUCGUACAUGUGAGGAAUGCAAAGAAAUUGUUUUCUUUAACUCUUGGCUAUCGAAACAAGGGAUUCGACGCAACAAUAAACUAGUGCUGGCUGUGUUUAAUGAGACAGGACGCGGAGUGCUGACAAAAAAGAAGAUACGACCUGGAGAAGAACUGAUGAACCUGCCAUUGAAUUUAACAAUUAAUGUGACAACAAUUUUGAUGGAUUUACAAUUUUGUAAUAUUUUUUUAGAAAACACUAAACUUUGUUUACAACAUUAUAAGCAUUCAGUCACAUUUCAAUCGUUAAUGGCGUUGUAUUUGACUUAUUUAAAAGUUCAAGGUUCAAAUAGCAAAUGGUUUCUGUACUUGGAGAGCUUACCAAAAGAGUAUACCACCCCAUAUUUUUUGCGUGGUGAUAUAUUAAAUUAUGUAGAUACCGACAUAUUAGCUGUGAUCUCUAAACAAAAAGAUAUUAUCAACACAUCAUAUUGUAUUUUUGAGGAAAUUUUAAGUAGCACUACAAGUAAUGAUGUAACUGUAAAAAAAUUAAAAGAUUAUUUUAAAAUGCCUAUUUAUGAAUGGGCCUAUUUUACAGUGAACACAAGAUGUGUUUUUAUGGAUCUAACCAAAGUAAUUGAUUUGAUAAACAUUCAGAAAUCAAUAUUAAAUAUUAUAUGUGAUAAUACAAAGAUAUCAUUGUGUCCUUACUUGGACAUGAUAAACCAUAGUCCUAAUGCCAGAAAUGAGACAAAAUUAAUUGUUAGCAGUAAUAUAGAAAAUAUUAGAAUAGCAAAUUUGAACAAUGUCCUAUUUACGGAUGUAUGGUUUUCAAUAUUUACUAAAAAUAUUUUUCAACCGUAUUCACAAGUAUUCAUAUGCUAUGGGGAUAGUCAUAAUUUGAAACUGAUAACAGAGUACGGAUUUUUCCUUCCCAACAAUGAGUUGGAUUUCGUUUCAUUCUCGUUCGAAAGUGUCGAUAUCUUUUUCAGAUCACAGGGAAUUAGAUUGUCACAGGAUCAAAAUUUAUUUAUAAGUAAUCAUGGCUUAAAUAAAAAUCUAUACAUUGAUUUGAAAGGCCUAAGUUACAAUUUUUAUGGUUUAUUGAUGGUUGUAAAGUACUAUUAUAAUAGAACUAUGGAUGUGAGUAGGUUGUUGUAUUCUGCAGCCAUUUGUUCCAGCAAUAAAGACUUGGAUGACAUCAUAACACCAAUGGUUAGAGAUAAGUUAAUUAAGCUCAAAGAGUCUAUUAGAAAAUUAGAAAGUUAUAUGAAUCAGUGUGUGAUUACAAAUAAUUGUAUAGCGCUCAUGUCUCAAUAUGUUAAUAUACUUGAAAAGUUUAUUAAAUGUUAGCAAAUAAA